AUGGCCUCCCGGGCCAACAGCAAGAUGAUCAGAAAAACCACCGAACAACUUAACGGGAGGCUACAAGUACAACAACUUGAACCCGCAGGCUCGUCAGCCCCACGCAUCACCUCAAGGCAAGCCACGGAAUUCGAGAACGAAGAAGAUUUGGAUAAGGAACCUGAAUAUCAGCACGACCCCCUGACUAAACAACAAAUCCUCAGUCUCACCAGCAACUGGACGUUUGGAGAAGGAGAAGAUUCACCCUACGACUCGGACGAACCUCGUGACGUUGCCCGCCAACGUGCUCAGACGGAGAUCGCCUAUGGGCUCACCCCCAGUGUAGACGACACCAGCUCUAAAGAGGAACCCGAGAAGGACAACACCCCCGAACGCAUUGCACACAAGCAAGUAAAUCAGCACAAUGAUAAGCAAUUCAUCGAACUUUAUGGCGUGCUAAACAUGGGACCCAGGACGUACUACACCCCGCAACUCAGGAUCGAAGAUCACCCCUACCUCAGAAUCACGGACCCAAGCCAUCGCUACCUCUUUUGGGCCCAGUGCUUCUUCGACCACUGCGAGACGCACAUGGGAGAAAAAUACGAACACCACUUCCAACCCAGGAAAUACGACAACACCCCCCUACGAAACGUCUACACCGCCCACACUCUCACAGGGUGGGAACUCAGGAAGUUCGACGGCAACAUCGCCACGUUCACCCCCAGCCGACAAUACCCCAUGAGGUGCACCCACGACAAAAACAUGAAGUGGGAAGAAUGUCGAACAGACGAAUGCCUCAUCCACGCAACCCAAAAGGCAAAAGCCUACAGACUCCUACAAGAAGGAUCGAGCCCCCCGAGGCUCCGAUUCCAGGAAAAUCGCCUCACGAAGGCACGACGAGAAGGGAAGCAUAUCACCUACCCAAGACAACUAAAGCAGUCAAAAAACUAG